AUGGCGAACACAUCUUCGGCCAGUAACGUAUGGCAAUUCUACUCCAACUUGUCUGACAAAAUCCCUGACAGCGACUCCGAGCGCGCCGUGGACCCCGCCCUCCAGACGUUCCUGGCCGCCGUCAGCUGGGUGUCCGUCUACUACACCAUGUUCCUCAUCGUGGUAGGCUGUGUGUGCAACCCUCUGUCCAUCCUCGUGUUCAGCCGGCCGGCGUUCCGCGACACGACCACAUCCGUAUACCUCCGUCUUCUCUCCGUCAUGGACCUGGCGGCCAUCCUGUGCGGGCUCACACGCCACUUCCAGAGGUCAGCUCUGGACUUCGACGUCCGCCACGGCGUGGUGUCCUGUAAGAUCAACCUGUGGCUCGUGCUCAUCUUCGUCUACUCCAGCUGCUGGACGUUGGUGGCGGUGACUGCUGAGAGGGUUAUCUCCAUCAUGUGGCCACACCGGGUCAAGGCCUGGUGCUCCAAGGUCACGGCCGUCCUUAUCGGAGCGCUCAUCAUCCUGGCCUCGGCUGCCGUUAACUCCCCGGUCUUCCCCCUCUACGGCCACCUAGAGGUCUUCAACCCGGACACCAACGACACAAUGACGCGUACGUGCGUGGUCACUCAGGACCGGGAGUACACACUCAAGCUGUGGUUCUGGGCUGACGCGAUCAAUUUCGCCUUCGUCCCCUGUACCUUGUUGAUCAUUUUCAACUUUUUCAUCAUCAGAGGUGUUAUCAAAAGUCGCCAGAGAGUCCAAAAAGUCAGUGUUAAACGGAAGAAAGUGUCCACUAUCAACACGUCUACAACUUCAGCGGAGACCACGUCCAGUAAAGACGACGAGUCUACUGUCGGACCACAGAGCAAAACGGGCGCCAACAAGGCUAUGUCGAAGCGCGAGACCUCCAUCACCAUCACACUACUGGCCAUCAACAUCACGUUCAUCGUGUGUAACUUCCCCGUGUGCGCCUACCAGGUGGGGCCACACUACCAGUCCAAGCAGGGCAUCGGGCCUCACGGGGACGGUAUCGCCACGCUCCUGCUCAUCCUCAUGUUCACCAACAACGCGCUCAACUUUCUCCUCUAUUGCAUCACGGGCUCCAGGUUCCGCAGGGAGGUCAAGCUAGUCAUUAAAGAGUUGGUCACCUGUGCCUGGUUCCGGCGCUGAGGAGUCUAGGGGGCAUGUCGACAGCAAGCUGUUCACGUGUACGAAACCCAAAUUUCUUCUUUUUUUUAAAAAAAUUACAUUUUCUUAAUUUGUGGUAUCGUUGUAAGUGCUCCAAAAAAUAUUUUUUUCGAAAUUCAAAUUCGAAAAUAAUGACUAAAAAAAGUAGACAUACUUCACAAUGUAGGUACAAAUGAAACAGUUUUUGUUUUUCCUGUCCUGUAAAAUGUUGCUUUUGGGCUCAGUGCGUUUUAAGAAACUGCCGAUGAUACGGCACGACAAAACAUGACUCUCUAUUCAACAUCGCACCCGACCUCAUCGUACAAAAAUCUCGACAAUUGAAAACACCGAUUGUCAAGACUUUCUAAUGUGGCGAGGGAACUUCCAAAGACUUGAUCUGGCACGACAUAUUUCG